AUGGCGGUCCCAGCUUCUCUGAUUAUCCUUCCCAUCGGCAUCCUUUUUAUUUUCUCAGGCUUUCUUGUUAAUUUUCUGCAGGCUAUGUUAUUCAUCCUUGUUCGUCCAAUCUCAAAGCGCACGUACAGAAGGAUUAACAAAGUAAUUGCAGAAUUGUUGUGGUUGGAACUCAUUUGGCUCAUUGAUUGGUGGGCUGGUAUUAAGAUUGAGGUGCAUACAGAUUCAGAAACGUUUAGUUUGAUGGGUAAAGAACAUGCACUUGUUAUAAGCAACCACAGGAGUGAUAUUGAUUGGCUUGUUGGUUGGGUCUUAGCUCAGCGUGCAGGUUGCCUUGGUAGCGCAUUAGCCAUAAUGAAGAAGGAAGCCAAGUUCCUCCCUAUCAUAGGUUGGUCAAUGUGGUUUUCUGAUUAUGUCUUCUUGGAGAGGAAAUGGGCUAUAGAUGAAAGCACGUUGAAAUCGGGUUUUCGGCGGCUGGAGGAUUUUCCCAUGCCUUUUUGGUUGGCUCUCUUCGUCGAAGGAACUCGCUUUACGCAAGCGAAGUUGGCUGCAGCUCAACAUUAUGCAGCUUCAAGAGGCUUGCCUGUUCCUAGGAAUGUCUUGAUUCCACGUACAAAGGGUUUUGUUUCAGCAGUAAGUCAUAUGCGCUCAUUUGUUCCUGCAAUUUAUGACUGCACAGUGGCUAUUUCCAACAAUCACCCUCCACCAACAAUGUUGAGAAUAUUUAGAGGUCAAACUUCAGUGGUAAAAGUACAAAUCAAGAGAUAUUUAAUGCAUGAACUGCCAGAAACAGAUGAUGGUACGGCACAAUGGUGUAGAGAUUUAUUUGUUAUCAAGGAUGCUUUGCUAGAGAAGUACUUGAGUAAAGGCACAUUCAGUGAUCUAGAACUUGAAGAGAUUGGGCGACCCAAAAAGUCUCUAAUUGUUGUCGUUUGCUGGUUAUGUCUGAUUGUGUAUGGCAUUGUGAAGCUCUUCCAAUGGUCUUCGUUGCUUUCAUCAUGGCAAGGCAUUGCAAUUUCUGGGGCUCUCCUGCUUCUUGUCACUGCCGUUAUGCAAAUUCUUGUUCAUUCGUCUGAGUCAGAGCGAUCCACACCAGUUGGGUUACCAUCACAAGAUCCUAUGAAGCAAGCACUUAUUCAGACAUAUGCAGAGAUAUAUAUAUAUAUAUAUAUAUUGAUUUUGAAGAUAUGCUUUACCUUUUGUUUUUAUGGUUAG